AUGUCACUGACCAUACAACAAAUAAUUUUGGAUGCAAAAAGACUUGCUGGUCGGCUUAAGGAGCGGGAGACUGAAGCGGAUGCGGUGCUGACUGAAACUCAAACAGCAUAUAGACAGAUAAGCACGAUGAAACAGUACAAAGAAGAAGUGGACACACUUAAUGAGGCAUCGAGAGAGAGACCUAGAGGGGAGUUAAUUGCUAGUAUAGAAAGAGAAUCUCGAAUAAUGAGGGAGGUGCAAAGGGAAAAUGUUGAACUAAGAGCUGCACUUGAGGAUCACAGAAGAGCUCUUGAGUUAAUAAUGUCAAAAUACAGGCAACAUACAGAAAAGAGAAUAUGGGAGUCUCGGAUAGAUUUUACAUCAGCAAUUAAUGAGAAACAGCAAGAGCUUAUCCGCCAGCAAGCAGAGCGAAUUAAUGAAAUGACCAGUAUCAUGUACAAAGCAGUGAACAUGGAUGCUCAUGGUGAUACUAGGAGAGAAGAAGAACUAUACCAAAGGCUUAUUACAGAGAAUAAGGGUCUACGAGAAAUGCUUGAUAUAUCACGGCGUUAUGGUUCAGACAAGUCAUACCCUCCUAUGGAGGACAAGGAUGUUCAGACAGAUGGGCCACCACUGCCUGGAGCGUGA